CUCAUAACCCUUGGCCCACUUCCCCAACGCCGCCGUCUCCACUUUCCACUCGCCACGCUGAUUUCCCUCGCCCCUCAGACGCCGAACCCUGAUUCUGAUUCUCGCCUGCGGUGAGUACAGGGAAGGAAGUAGCCAUGGCGGACGACGAGCAGGCGGAGAGGAAGGAGGAGGUCCCCGAGCUUGCUCCUUUUGAUCCAACCAAGAAAAAGAAGAAGAAGAAGGUGGUGAUACAAGAGCCAUCAGAUGAGGUGGAUAACUUGGCAGAGAAGACUGAGAGUUUGACUGUAGCUGAGUCUAGUGAGCCAAGCUUUGCGGGCAUGAAAAAGAAGAAGAAGAAACAUGUGGAACUUGAUCCUUCUCUUACUGAGACUGGAGAUGGUGAUGAAGCUGGAGACGAUCAAGUUAGAGAGGAUGAAGAAGGAGAAGGGAUUGUCCUCAGUGGUGCUGCUGCCACCAGAUACCCUUGGGAAGGAACUGACAGAGAUUAUAAGUAUGAAGAGCUGCUUGGCAGAGUAUUCAAUAUUCUGCGUGAGAACAACCCAGAUCUUGCUGGUGAUAGAAGAAGAACUGUUAUGAGGCCCCCUCAAGUCCUCAGGGAAGGAACAAAGAAGACAGUUUUUGUGAACUUUAUGGACUUGUGCAAAACAAUGCAUAGGCAACCAGAACAUGUGAUGAUGUUCUUGCUUGCUGAGAUGGGAACAAGUGGAUCCCUGGAUGGGCAACAGAGGUUGGUUAUCAAAGGAAGAUUUGCGCCAAAAAAUUUCGAAGCAAUACUUAGGAGAUAUAUCAAUGAAUAUGUCAUAUGCAAUGGUUGCAAGAGUCCGGAUACCAUUCUUUCUAAAGAGAACAGGCUGUUCUUCCUCCGAUGCGAGCAGUGUGGUUCGUCGAGGUCUGUUGCUCCCAUCAAGGCUGGAUUCGUUGCCCAAGUUGGCCGUCGUAAGGCUGGAUCUUAAAUUACCUAAUAGUACUGCCUGGACUCGCUUCCCGAUCAUGAGAAUGCAAACUAGUUUGCCGGUCCACCAAAAUUUCUGUUCCACUUUCCUUUGUGCCUACACCGUUUACUGGAUUUCUGCUGUUCACUAUACUUGGAUUGGAGCUAUGAAUUUAUUUCAUGUGAUGAGAGGAUUUGUGUUUGCGGCUCA